AUGCGGAAGCUUCUCGAGCGCUCUGCUAUGUUUGGCUUUGGAUACGAUGCAUCAGAAGAUGACUACUUGGUCCUUCUCGCUUGGAAGAAUACCAGAGAAAUGGAAGACUACUUGGGUUUAUUUUCUUUGAGAACCAAUUCAUGGACGAAUUCUAAGGUUACACUUCCAAAUGACCCUUUAAAGAAAAGAAUUAUCUCGCUGCCUGGAUUGUUUCUCAAUGGGGCUAUUCAUUGGUGGAUUGCCCCUUGUUUUGGUACAGGUAUGGAUGUUGGUGGUUCUAUUAUUCUUGUCUUUGAUAUGAUUGAAAGGCAUUACUGGGAGAUGCCUGUGCCUAAAGAAAUAAUGACGAAUUACCAUCCUCCUGGGGCUCUUGUGGAACUGGGAGGGUGCCUAGCCAUUUGUUUUUCAAAUUUUGACAAGAAAACCGACAUAUGGAUUAUGAAAGAAUAUAGAGUGCAGUCAUCUUGGACAGCAUACAAGAUUCCUUGUUUUCUCUUUAGGCCUUUGUACUUAUCCAAUGAUGGGGAUAUCAUUGGAUUUGAUAUGUUAAAAUCAUGUUUGGCAAAAUAUAAUGUUAAUAAUGGAGAGAUGCUCCAAAGUUGUGGCAAAUUUUGUGGUUUGAAUGACUUUUGCAUGUAUACUGAGAGUUUAUUGGCUCUUCCUGAUGAUUUUAUGGAAGGGAAGGAGUAG